AUGGGUUCAGGUGGCAGUAGUGCGGAUGAUAAAACAACAACAACCACAACCACUACUACUACCACUACUACCACUACUACCACAAGAAAAACUGAGACUUCAACAACAAGUACAACUACAGAAACGACAACGUCAACCGCUGCAGUAAGUACUACUACGAGAGCUCCUUUAAGUCUUACGGGAAGUAAAUUUUUAAUACCAAGGGAUAAAAAUGAUAUUGAUGACAAUGGGAAAUUAUCAUUUAUUUUUCCCAUAUAUGGCUUAAAAGAAACUAAUAUGAAAAUUGAAAUAUUGAAUGAAAACAAUAUUACAAUAACAACAUUGGAUUUUAAAAGAUGUUGUGCAAAAAUUAUAAACGCAGUUACAGGAUAUUUUGAUACCUUUCAAUAUCCUUCAAAUUGGGAAUCUAUUACUUCAUUGAAUUUGACAAUUGCAUGGACGAAAGUAAUGCUUUAUUUAAUUGUAUCUUCGACAUUAGUUCCUCUUGGGGGCAUAGUUAGCUAUGAAAACCCUUCUCCAUACUCAUUAGUAUUUACCGAUAAUAAUAAAAAUGAAGUUUCCACCACAUGGAAUUUUAAUUUUAAUUUUGACAAUAUUAUAUCUAACUCAUGCACUAUUACAACUCCUGGAAAUAAAUGUAAAAGCGGUUCAGUUAAAUUAGCCUUGGAUAAACCCUUUGCUCCUGAAAAACAAUAUUUGAGAUAUGCAUUUGCUGCUCCUCCAGAAUACUUAUAUCCUGUAACUAUUACACUUUAUUCAUCUGCAUCAUCCCUAGUAUCAAUUAAGUUUUCUAGUGCUAUGGUUGAAAUAAAGUCAGAAACUAAGACAAAUACAAUUACCAUUCCUUCUCCAAUAGAAAGUGGGCAAUGGAUUGCAGGCGAUAUCUUUCUAUUGACCAACUCUGGAUAUAAUUUUUUAAAAAACAAUUCAAACAACUAUCAAUGUUUAUUUAUCACUACAGCCUCCUGUUUCGCUACUCAGUCAACACAAAAAUGGAGGCAGUAUGACCAAAAUUUAGAUCUACUACGCUAUGCAUACAUUAAAGGUACUGAAUACAGAACAAAAAGUAGCGAAUAUAUAAUCAACUCAUCUUCAGAUAGUGGUAAUUUAGAAGAUGAUUCUGAGAGUGAUAUUGUAUAUCUUUUUGUUUCAUACAAUAAUGUUAUUAUUGGAGGUGUUCCUAUUCCUUCUUCUUCAGAUAUAACUGAGUUAAGAAUUACAAGCAGUAAAGAUCUGGUUCCAAUUGCAUACUGGAGGCUAUCCCAAGGAAUGACACCUUCAAUUAAUGUUUCUAGUGAAAUAUUAAAAGGUCUAAUACCGCAAAUUAAAUCGGGAUGA